AUGCAGAUCCAUUGCAGACUCCUCCCACUGUGGCUUCUGGGUGCUCUCCGGCCCGCCCAUGGCUUCCCUGGCGACAAGAUCCGGCCUCCACUCCCUGGCGGUCGUGCAAGAUCUGAGGCCCGCGUCGCGUGGAUGAGAAGGGAACCCCCGUCCCCGCGAGAUCCCGUCAGGUGCCCUCCUCCCCGCCGACGGGGAUGGUGCGGCCGGCGGGCCUCCUCGACCCGACGACGAGGCGGCGUCCGUUCCUCGACCCGCGCGCCUCACCGUCGUCUCCACCGAGGAGAACCUCCUCGUCGCGGGGCUGCUGGACAACAACGAAGACGACCAGGCGGCCACCAAGGAGAACGUCACCAUCACCGUCCGCUUCUGCCUGCUCAGCCAGCGAGAGAUUCGGCAGGGGGAGGAGGUCGCGUGGUACGCCGACGGGGACACGGUCGCGCGGAGCAAGCAGAACCCCAACAUCGGUUAUGCUUACGGUCUCGGCACCGGGAGGGAUGGCUCCGGUGGUGUACGGCGGCGGGAGCAAUGGUGGUGGCGUGCCUGCAAGCAGGCGAUGGACACCGAGGUCACGUUCGUGCAGCCGUCCGCCGCGUCUGUUUAUUUCUUUUGGCUAUUAACUGUACUAGUAAUAUCUAUCUACAAGUAUUGAUCAGGGCCUGCUCUGUGAUAUCCACCGGCGACGCUUGCUGGCGCGGGCUCGCCACCGACAUCCACAAGCUCGCUGAUGCCGUCUCGGUCACUCUCGUUCCAAAGGUGGAACGUUAUACACCAGUUGCAGUUAUUUUACCAGAGAACAAGUGGGAUUAA